AGUAUUGGCAACACUACUCGCCGGAAAUAAGAAGCAGUAACUCAUAUGUUUCACAACCUUCUCAAAACUCAUCCAGCCAUCUUUUGUGAAAAAUUAUUUUCUUCGUGUCGUCAGGGUAAAUUUCACAAUUGUAAUUAAUGUCAGAGCCACAGUCUUCGCUUUUAUUAAAAAAGCAACUAGCAGAAUUAAACAAGAAUCCAGUGGAAGGAUUUUCUGCUGGAUUAAUUGACGACAAUGAUAUUUACAGAUGGGAAGUUCUCAUUAUCGGACCUCCAGACACAUUAUAUGAAGGUGGAUUUUUCAAAGCUCACUUACAUUUUCCAAAAGAGUACCCUUUGAGGCCACCACGGAUGAAAUUUGUCACUGAAAUAUGGCACCCAAACAUUGAGAAGAAUGGUGAUGUUUGCAUAUCUAUCCUUCAUGAACCUGGAGAUGACAAAUGGGGUUAUGAAAAGGCUUGUGAACGGUGGUUACCAGUGCACACAGUGGAGACAAUUCUUAUCAGUGUUAUCUCCAUGCUUGCAGACCCCAAUGACGAGAGCCCCGCAAAUGUAGAUGCAGCGAAAGAAUGGAGGGAAUCAUAUUCGGAGUUUAAAAGGAAAGUAGCACAGUGUGUGAGAAAGAGCCAAGAGGAUUGUUCCUAAGUAAUAGUGCCCUUUUUCAUUGAUUUAAUUGGAUAGUGAGUGUUUUUGUGAUUCAGUUAAAACGUUGUUGAGAGCAGGCCCCAGCGUGAUUCCUAGUGCGGGCUACACCACCUGGCCCAGAGACAAUAUUGAAAUUGAUUUAAAAUAAAUACUUAUUGUAAUUAAAUGGUAUCGCUGCCGUAUUUUAUAAAUAAUAAAAAUAGAAUUCAAGGUCUUUUUCAUCUUUUUUAAGACACGUUAGCUAGCUAUUGUUAUAAUAAUAAAAUGUGUAUGGUAAUUUUUUAUAGAAAAACAAAUCUGCAUUUUUUUUUUCUCUUUACUUUCUCUUAUUAUUAUUAAUAUUUGAUCUCUGUAUGAUAUAAAACCAAACCUGAAAUAAUUUAAAAGCAAUUAUUAUAAUAUUUAUUAUUGUCUCAUUUAUAUUAAAAAUGUAUUAUUACAUGCAAUUCACAAUCACUUUAACUAUAUAAAAAUUGUAAAAGGCAUUUGAAAUGUACUUGCAUGUAAAUUGUUAGUUACCGAAACGAGCGAUGAAUACACAUUGGUUGCUUCUUCAUGCCACAGUUUUAAUUCUAGUGCUAAUUUUAGUAGUAAAUUUAUUACAUAAUUAUAAUUUUUACUGAAUAAAACCAAUUUUGUAAAGGUAAGAUUGUAUUGACUCCACCUAUCCUGCAAAUUUAGUAUGAAUCUGGUAAUUUGUUUAAAUAAAUAUAACUAAAAAAAUACCAGUUUUAUUAGAAAAAUGUUACCACAUCUAGACCGGACCGCCAUACGUUACGCAAAGUGAAAUUAACAAGAUGGGUAAUAUAAUUAUGCCCAUAUAGUAUUUGUAUUAAAAAUGUAUCAUAAUUGUUUAUAGAAUCGAACAAGAAAUGAAUAACAAUUUAUUAUGUUAUUUUUGCUCAUUUAAAUAUUUUGAAUUUAAUUGUAAUUGAAUAUUUUUGAUUAUAGCAUAAAAUAUGAAUACUACUGUUUUGAUUGCAAUUCUGUUUUAUUUUGAAGUAUUAUUUUACUAUCAACGCGACCUAAAUUAUUGUUACAAGUCCAGCGUAAUUUAGUAAUGAAUGUUAAACCCCACACUCAUACAUACAUCAUCGAACACUGAUAUUGUGACGUGUAUAAUAUUUUUUAACAAUGUAUGUAUAUUUUUUGCUAUAAAAUUAUAAUGCAGUGAUGA